CAUCCUUGCGCUGCUGAUGGGGCAACCUGCUCCAACAAUAGCACAAACACGUCUCACUUGAUAUAAUUUUACAUCAUAUGCUGUAAUUAUAUAUAUUAUGAAGGAUGGCGGACGGACCGGGAUAACAGCCACUUGGUCCGAGUUCUGUGCGCCGAGCCAUGUCGCCCUCGCCGCAGCUGCGUUGGAGGGGCGCAUCGGGCUGGAAUUCUGGCCGUCGCCGGGAGCUCCUGAGGUGGUCGAGGGCCGUGUGGGCGGAAGUGGCGGAGGCACUGUUCUGCGGGGCUGCGGUCGCAAACCGUCUCGGCGGAACCGACGGGGGCGCCCUUCCCCGGAGCGGCGGAUGUAAAAGGCAAAGAUGGCGGGCAAACCCGCCGAACAGUCUCCCCCAUUGGUUAGAAAUGGGAGACGCCAGCGGGGUCGAGCACCGCCUCAGCCUCAGCUCUGACAGCUCCUCCAGCAGCGACACGGAGUCGUGCGGGUCGGCCUGUGACUCGAGCCGAGAUCUUGAGAAGACAGCGGGCGAGCACCAGGACGGCCCGCCACGGCGACGCACGGGACGACGCCCGGGCUCACCUUCUUGCAGACCAACAAGGUCAAGCCGCCCACGCGUACCGCCUUCCGAGAGCGAGUGCGGAACUUCCUAGAGUGGGCCAACGAAGGGGCGGUGGCGGAGAUCUCCACUCGGCGCCUCGACCAGCUGGCUGCCAACUACAUGGGCGUCCUGUUCUUCGACGGGAUGGAGGUCGGCGAGGGCUCGAGGCUGCUGGCGGCCCUGCAGUGCUUGCGACCCAGCUUGGGGACGUCUCGCCACGGCAACUUUCCUGUGGCUCGGGCAGCUGUGGCGGGGUUCCGCCGCCGCGCCCGAAGAGGGACUCGAGGCCCUCUGUGCCGGCCUUGGGUGCUGGCGGUGGUCGGGGUCAGCUUGCUGCUGGAGGACCUGGAGUUCGCGACGGCGCUGUGGUUGGCCUGGGGCGGCAUGCUGCGCUUGCCGUCCGACCAAGUGAGCAUGACGCCCAAGACCUGGAUCGGGCCUGGCAGGGCGGGGAAGCCCACGUGGGCCCUUCUCCUGUAUCCCAGCGAGGAAGGGGCGAGGAGCAAGGUCAUGGGCGCCGACGAGGGCGUGAUCUUGCGCGAGGCUUGCUGGAGCGGCGGCGGCAGCGCGGCCCUGCGGCGCCUGCGCGGGGCUCGGGGCCCCAGCUGCCAGCUCUGGUCGUUCGACGGGGCUUGGUUCACCAAGCGGUUCGAAGAGAGGCUGGCCGCGCUGCCCGAGGCGCCCACGGCGGUCGCCUGCCAGGUGCGCAACGGGGCCGCGAGUCACGCGGCGGCCGUGGACCAGCUCCCAUUCAGCGGGAUCACCGAGCGGCUGCGGCACGGCAGCCCGCACAGCAGCUUGCGCUACGCCAAGCGCGUCCGCUACCUUUCCCUGCUGAACAGAGCGCCGCAGGCCGAGGUCGACUGGGGCGAGAUGAUCCACGCGCGGCCGGGCAGCCUGCUCGGCGGGAGCGACGUCUUGCAGGCUCCCGCCUUUCUGCCGCAGAGUGUGCUCGAGGCCUUGCGCGCCAGCUGCGCCGAGGCUUCAAAUUCGGGUGUGAACAAAAGAGUCAAGUUUCCUCGAAGUUGGGUUCUCGAAAGGUGAAGUGAGCCGAUGCUUUUGUGAGUCCAGUGAGCACGGUGCAGUUUGGGUCAGUGCCUCCAUGUGUGAUCUCUCGGUCGUCCGAAAGAUGCUCAUUGGGUGGGUCGGUUCUUGUGCCGUUCGCGGCGUUGUUGUGACGCUUCCCGAUUUGAGUGCUGAUCACACGGGGGACAGUAGUUACCAGCUCCGUGCAACCAUUGUCCAGUGCAUCCGCAACCUUCUUUAAGAUUGCUAAUGCUGCCUUUUCCGCUGGGUGUCCAGCGAUUGUAAUCAGUCCCUGCAAGGAGCAACUAGAGUCUGUUCAGGAUUACCUCGGUUUUUGGAGCCGUGCCCGUGGCGUUUGGACCUCCAGAGUGCCCCCCUGUGCUUUUUCGGCGUCGGGUCGCCACGGUCCGCUCGACAUUUUAACGCCCUCGGGUGGGCCAUUUGUUAGUGGUGAUUACCUCUGUCGCCGCCGCCGUGUGUUUGCUCCUUGUAAAUCGCCAUUCGUUUUCUUCGGGGCUUCGCUGGCCUCUCGUCUCAGCUUGCAUUUAAAAGGGUGCCGCCGACAGAAAUCAUAUUGACAGUUUAACCCGCCUG